AUGGCCACCCUGCUUUCACUUUACGAAGGCGUGACAUCUUGGUAUACAAAAAUGACAAUCUUGUCUAUUUUUGCGCAGCACUACACUAAAACGCAACUGAAAGACCUGGUUCCAGGCCUCACAACUUGGCGAAUUGAUCAAGCAAGAAAGCAUGCUGUGGUUGUUGGUGCAGGCCAUUCUGAAGUUAGAGAACCCGUGAUGCGUUAUCGUCUUGAAGGAGAGAAAGUCGACCACUUCCUAGAUUUUAUAAGUAGCCCUCACUACCUUCAGGAUGUAGCCUAUGGUACAAGGAAGAUAAAAAUGUCAUCUGGAGAAUGUUUGGAGAUACCUGACUUAGUGCGCACUGUCAUUAGUUCCAGAAUGGUCAAACUAUAUCAGUUGUAUUGCAGUGAAGUUGGCUUUCAGCCUCUUGGUAGAUCGACCCUAUUUUCUAUCCUUAAGGUAAAGAAAAAAAUAACUAGAGUAGUCUAAACUAUUAACUGUGAUUUUGGUCAGAAUUAACAAGAGUGUAAAAUAGUGGCUGCAAGUACUCUAGACUCUUUGGUUGUGGGAAGCAGGAUAAAAAGCCACGUUAUGUAGUGAUGUGUUACCAAAUUUUUUCUUUCACAGAUAUGUGCAGCUUCCCAGAAAAAGUCCCCUGCCGGCCUUGAUAACGUCACAAGCGAAGGUGCAUCAGCGUUUGAUACAUUGGAAAAGGUUGUAGAAACUAUGACAUCUCUAGGUACGCUUAAGGUGAUUCAUUAGUAAUAGAACCUAACAUAGAUUGUAGAUGAAACUUGGUACACUGAUUGAACAAGUCAAGAAGAUGGUAAAAAAGUAAUAAAAAGUGGGGGUCACCGUGCUCGUUUUGACGUGAAAAUGAUGACAAAUACGGCUAUUUGGGAGCAUUUACAAAAACCGCGGGCAGCCAAAACUAGACAAAAAGGAGAGAUUUUUUCGAUGAUGCUUGUGGUAUCCCACAGAAUUUGACUUUAAUGUACGUUUUAUCCACUUACGUACCAGAAAAAUGCCUUUUAAUGCCCUUGUUUUUACUUAACGCUCUAAAGUGGAAUUAAAUUAGACACGCGCUAUUCGACCCUUGAUAGCUCAAUCAGUACAAUUUAGUAAAAUUGCCAAAAAACUGAACAUAGAUUUGUGCCAAUUUUUUUCUCAUCGAAAGGAAGCACUGUCCUUAUUAAAAUCAUGAAAUAAAAAAUGGCGGUCACCGUACUCGUUUUUGCGGUAAAGUUGCAGAAAGUGCGUACCAAAUGCAUUUUCUCCGAUUUUUGAGAGAGGACUGGGGCGAGUUUAAAAUAGAAUGCAUGGUAAAGGGGGAAGAAAGUAUUAAAAAAUGCGUUUUUACAGAAUUUACAUCGAGGUAUUACAUUUAGGACACAAUGUGAUAAAGAAAGCGUUUAAAUGAAAAUCAAAGUGAGUAAGCACAAGUUAAACAUCCACUAUCGAGGUUCUCCGUGAGGAAGUCGAACUCAUUAACACGCGUACUGCUUACGCAGGGUUUGAGCUAGGAUUUGAUCACUGGGGGACAAUUUGUCCCCUUGGCUAAAAUUUUGGGGGACAUUUUCAUUUUUAGGGGGACAGAAAUUUGUACACCCUUCCUUCUUAGCAGGGCUUGUGACAGGUCUCGGACGAAAAAGUCAAAUUUCGCGGGACUUUUAGGGACAAAUUCGCGGAAAAAUCGGCCGAUUUCGCGGGAGUUUUCGGGGCAAACUUCACCGAAAAGCAAUCGGUAAAAAACGGCCGAUUUCGCUAGAAAUCGAUCGGUUUUGCGCUGAUCAGACCAGCCUUUUUAACGUUUUUCUAACAGAGGUCAUCAUUUGCUCUUUCAACAACAAUACGCUCCAGAAAUGAACCAAUGGCAAAGCCUUUAACAUGAUGGCUAGUGCCCAGUUUUUCGCAACAUAAUCUGUUUGCACGUUUCAGUGACGAAGUUCCAAGAUAAAUUUGCAAGUUUACGGCAAGUAAAUAGCCCCUAUAGCUGAAAUAAGUUUCAAAUAUGUUGUAUAGACAUGUAUUUGAUAAGAUUUCUACCGAAUUUCGCGGCUCCGCGACCGCGCGAAAAAUCAGAAGCCCUGUCUUUGAUUUCCGAAAAAAAUAGCAGUAGGAGCGUGACUGAAACGUAACUUUGGAAUGAACUUUAAAGGUGCGAUAAAAUAUGCUUUCCACGUUCUGUUUCAGCUUGCAACUUCUGUACCGAAAUAAAUCUCUUCGUGUGUGCUUCCUUUCGAGUUUUUUCCCUAAAUUUUGAAGGGGACAAAUUGUCCCCUUGGCCGUUUUUUAAAGGGACAAUUCCAAUUGCAGUGCGGGAUUGGCGCAAUGGCGCGGCCUGGCUCAAACCCUGCUUACGUUAUGCACAUUCCCAACACACUGAGUCUUUCCUGGACAAGAAACAACAGCAAGCAAAAUUCCAAUAGCGUUUCUCUUCAGUCAACUUCAUUUUAAUAAUGUUACUUCGCAUGCUCUUUUUUACGGAGGCCAUCUUGUUAUGCGCAGUAAGAGAUGCGCAAUGCAAAACUAGGGAAUCACCUUAACCUACAACCUGUAAGUUAGUAACCAACCCCACCGUCUAUUCUACUUUUAUGCCCUAUUUAAUUUUUGAUCGCUUUUAGAUGACUUUGCUAGGUGAGAUUUAGAGUUUAAGCCGAUUUAUUUGUACUUGCUGUAGGUUCAUCUCUCCAGUGGGCUGAUAACGUUAGACAAAGGGUACGAGCAGCUAAACGAUACUUAAAAGCUGAUUACAAACUUCAUGUGUUGGAGGAAAGUCCCUGUGCUGAUCACUGUAUACGAUUCGCCCUAUCAUCCGAUGAUGUCCAGUACAAAACGGCCUGUGACCAUGAACACACUAUGCAGUGUGAUCGAUGUUUAGACUGUGCUAACGUCGCUCACGACAUCAUUGCUGGACUAGACAGUGGUGAUAUUUCGUUUAGGUAAAAAAUACAGUUGCAUACUAUUAGACAUAUGCCAAAUAUUUAUGACUUUAAGGAAAACGCGACCCGCGCUUUUUGUUGCAAACAUUAAGGUUGGUACCCUUGUCCCUAGCGUCUGUUACACGGGAAAAAAGAAACAACGACAUCAAGAACAAACAAACAAAAAAGUAGAAGUUUGUCGCUUACGACAAGUGCCUCAACCUUUGUCUAAGGCUUUCUUCAUUGUACGAUAUAUUGUUAACAGCCAAUGCACAAGACAAGUGAAAAAGCGCGAACAAUUAGUAUUCAUUCCCUUUCCAUUCUUCCCUGUACUCAUCUCUCUUGGUGAAAUCUCCAAAAGAGCAUUUUCUGUAAUGUUGUCAUUAUUUCAAAAUCAAUUUUUUUUUAAGUUACCAGGAACAGAAAGAAGAGCUCAAAUAUGACAUCGAGAAAGCCACUGAAAGAAUUAUGGACUGGAAAUCGCCCAUAGUGAGAGCUACCAAUCAAGAAAAAGCCAAAAUAAACAUUCUUGAUAAUCUUACUGAGCGGCAGGUGCUAGUGGUGAUGGAUUGGACCAUGAAAUGGCUCCCAAGAAGCUACAGAGAAACCCAGGCAGAAUGGUUUGGGAAAAAAGGAGUCAGUUGGCAUGUGUCGGCCUGCAUAACAAGACCUGAUAACGAGGAAGCGAAGUUUGACGUAAACAAAUUUUCUUUCUGCUUCUAAUUAUCUGUAAACUUCAAAGCACGUCACUUGGAUUGAUUUGUCAGAAAAAAAUCAGUUUCAUUCCUUACGAACAAGCCAUAAACGCACGUGUAAUGCUUUUUUUUUUCGUGCUAGCUGCUCUAUAGAGGCAUAGUUUUUGCGGAAGAUGAAGUGAAAGAUAUAUAUUUUUUGCCCCAGUCCGUUGGAGUGCAUGUAAAACAAACAGACAUGUGCUCCGUAUGUGGACGGAAACGCAGAUCUAGUGAAGUGUUGUACGUGAGACAACGGGAAUCAAUGGCAGAUCUAGGGGGAGGGUGGGUAGGCAUUUGCCGAUUGUGCUAGUAAAAGUGGCAUAUUAUGCUAGUGGCAGUGCUCGUUUUUUUGCUCAAAUUAUGCUCGCUUUUCAAAAUUAUGCUACUUUUUUAAAAAAUUAUUCUGUGCACAAACUUCACAACUCAGUGAGUGAGGCGAUACCCAUUUUUCUCUAGCAAAGGACGUAGCCUGUCUACCUUCCCGAUUGGAAUCCCUGCUUUCAAAAAUUCCUCCACUACUUCCUGUCGGUAUGCUUGCUCAGUCAACGGCAGCGUGUUGUCUUUACGAGUCUUCUCUCUGCUGAGUGCCUCGGCUAUCGUUUGUUCUCUUAACCUUGAUCUCUUCAGCGCAUCUUUCCCUUUGGCAUGUUUUCUUGAACUACAAUGUGAUGCUAAAAUGCUCUUUUUGGAUGAUACCAUUUCUCUGCAGGCAUUGCAAAAGAUCGUUGUGCCUCUGACACUCAGGUGCUGAUCAGGGAACUGAUUAAUACGAUCUUGCAGAGGGACAUUUUUCCCCGGGGGGGGUACUGCCAUAUAUGGGCUAUAUAGGUAUGUGCCGCUGUGAAGGGUAUGGUUUUCAAGCCGUUUACUCUAGGAUAGGGUAUAUAAAUCAGAGCGGUUGGCUCUAGAAUAGGGUAUCAUUUUUCAGGAAACUGAUCAGUUGGUUGAAGAUUUUAUCUAGACUAGGUACACAGCUACUCUAGGAUAGGGGGAUUUGGGGAGUUUACUCUAGUAUAGGGUAGCAAAAUUCAGCUGAACUAGCUCUGGUAAAGGUUAAGGGUUCCAGGCUCCCAGCGGCACAUCCCCACCCAGAAAUUCCUAAAGUGCCCCCCCCCGGGCAUUUUUCACAUUAGUGACAUUACUCGUCCCCCUCCUCUUGUAUUUUCCAGUGGUGGAUUCGAGGCGUCUAUCCCGGGCAAGUUGUGCAGGCUUUGGUCUAUCCUCUCUGUUCUCGCAACCUUGUAAACUAUCUGGAUGUAAGUUCACUGCACUUGACUGGUUUGGCGUGGCGGCCGCCAUUUUGAAACGAGCACUGGGAGAAAGACUAAGGAGUCUGGGACCGAGACACAGACUUCCGGUUCCGUUUCAUCGAACUCCCGCGGUAUCUCAACACAAGUAAAAAAAAAUCGAAAAAUAGGAGUGGAAGCAACUGUUAAUAGUAAUCUAUCGUUUUUAGUAGCUGAGAUUUUCGUUUUCUUGAAUUAUUCUAAAAUUGUGCUAUUAAGACAAGAAAAUAUACGGAUUAUGCUAGCAGUGCUACUUUUGGAAAAAGGGCAAAAAUUAUGCUCAGUUCCUCAGAUUAUGCCAAAAAUUAUGCUAGCACAAUCGGCAAGAGCCUAAGGGUGGGUCCCUGGGGGACUCGGGCAACCACCUUCUUCUUAGGUCAAACUGAGGCCGCAAGGCCGACAUGAUAUAUAAGUUCUGGAUAAGCAGAGACUCUCUGCUAAGUUGAAGGUGUGAAUCCGCUAGUGAAAAUACAGGUCCACUCAGGUUUAAGUUUGAACCGUGGGCGCAUGUUUCCCCCACCCAGGCUUAUAAAUAUACCGCUGGUUACAUGUAACUUUUCAUGGAUUAGCACCCCGUUUAGAGGAGAGCGAGAGAGAAUUUACGUCAUUUCACUCGGAAAUAUGACAAGAUCGGGGUUCCUGGGUCGUCUUGUUUUUUUUUUUCUGAGUUGUCGUUACUCGAGGUGAGCCGGGAGAGCAAUGAAGGCGUUUGUAAUCGAUAGGCUACAGUUAGCGUUACAUUAAAAAAUGGUCAUUUUGUUACAAUCCUUUUUAUUUUUUUCUUUCCAAAGGUUCGGACUUUCGUUCACAUUCUUGAUAAAGGCAACCAAGAUUGGUUUGCAGUCUUAUCAAUUCUGGAAGACCUUGUUCAGCAGCUUAAGCGGUUGUCCCCACUUCUGAAAGAACUAUUUUUACGAAGUGACAACGCUGGCUGCUAUCACAACGCUGCGUUACUGAUCAGUGCGCCAACAAUUACAAGAACAGGGGGUUGGCGCUUAAGAAUUACAGCUUCAGUGAGGCGAACAGCGGGAAAGAUGUCUGCGACAGAAAGAUCGCACCCCUCAAAGCACACAUCGGAAGAUAUCUUAAUGAAGGUGACAAAUAGUUUCAGGGCUAUUAAAAAUUAAUAAGAGGCUGUAAAAAUAGUAAAGUUAUUUGCAUUUCCGAAGACCACAAAAAGUCCGACGAGCAACAAAAAACGUUUUGCGUUUUAAUUGGCCCGCCAACGGUUCACAGCACCCUUCUUUUCACAGUUUUUACUGAUAAUUCUGUCUUGUUUUAGGUCACGAUGUUAUAACAGCGCGUCAAUUAAAGGAAGCUAUUGACUCCUAUGGGGGAAUAAAGGGCUGUCGAGCAUCAGUGAUUGAAUUAGACACAAGAAAGCAAACAACUAACGCGCCCAAGUUAAGUGGUAUUAGCCAGUUAAACAACUUCGAAUAUACUGAAGAUGGUGGAAUGACUGUCUCGAAGGCGUUUAAAGUUGGAGAAGGUAGGAAAAUUUCCAAACAAGAGCUUGCUAAGGUGGGCCAGCCACGGAGUGAGACGGGGGUGAAAGUAAUAUUGCCUUUUUGUGAUCCAGUUAACGCUACCGGGUUGUUAAAGAAAGCUUCGACGCGGCCGCCUGGUGACCAAGCCAAACAGACCGUCGUUUCUCCUACAAAUGACGAGGGCAUUCCUUGGUUCACUUGCCCCGAACAGGGCUGUAUCAAGACGUUCAGAACAAAUCAAACCCUUCAGAGACACUUGGACUUUGGCCGCCAUGAGAUUAAACUCCACGAAGAGUCACAAUAUGACCAGAUCAGACAUAAAUGGGCUGAGCAUUGCUUAAGUUUGAAACCACAAAAUCCCUCCUGUGCCUUAACGGCCAGUUCGUCCUUUGGAGUAACGGAAGAAAAUGUUUUGUCUAUGGGGUGGGCGCAGACUAAAUCAAAGCGAAGAAGCAGGUUUUCGGUUAAAGUUAAGAACUAUCUGCUCGAGCAGUUCAUGAUUGGUGAAGAAACUGGUCGGAAAGUCACCCCUGCCGAAGCUUCAGCACGAAUGCGCACAGUACGUACCGAGGAGGGAGCUCGGAUAUUUGGCAAAGACGAGUGGCUCACUCCCCAACAAGUUAAUAGCUAUUUUUCGAGGUUGGCUGCAAUGAAAAAAAUCGAUCAGCAACCAGCAGCAUUGGUUAGUCUCGAAGAAGAUGCUGAGGCAAUAGUCGAGCGUUCAGAAAGAUACCACCUGCGCAGAAGGGUUCUCAACCAGCUAACGCUCUAA